CACAAAAACAAUACAGACAGUCACACACACACACACAAAGCUAUGAGAACAAAGCAAGAAACCCAACAUUUUAGCCACCACCACGCAUUGGUUCCUCUCGAAGGCGAGGAACUCAACUGCUAUGGUUGCAAAACCAAAAUCAUAGAACCCUUCCACGGCUGCAUUUCCUGCGACUAUUUCCUCCAUGAAUCCUGCCUCAAAACUCCCCGGUUCCUUCGCCAUCCGUCCCACCCGCAACAUUCUCUAACCCUAAUCCCAACUCCUACUUAUUCUUCCCGAUCUUUCCUUUGUGACGCUUGCGGUUGUGAAGGAAACUCAUUCAGCUUAAGCUGCGCAGAGUGCGACUUUGACCUCGAUCUUUACUGCGCAGCUUUGCCUACAGCUCUCGAACUUCGCGAAAAACACGAACAUGUCGUGACGCUGGCCUUUGAAUCUCCGCAUAGUAUAAUUUGUUGUGACAUCUGCGGUAAGAACAUCAAUCCAAAAUCGUGGAUUUACUAUUGUGAAAGCUGCGAUUUCGGGGUGCAUUUGGUCUGUGCAGCGCAGCAUAAACGCGAAUCCACGAAGAAGAACGAGAAAGAAAAGCAAAAGGAUACAAAUGUCGAGAGUUCUCAGAGGGAUGAGACCGAAGAAGAAAAGGAGGAUCGUGAGAGAUCUGGUAAUGAAAAACAAAAUAAGAAAGCAAAAGCAAAAGAUAAGAAUUCAAAGAAGAAGAACGGAAAAGAAAAGAAAGGUAAGGCUGCAAAAGUCGAGAAUUUUCAGAGGGAUGAUGAGCCCGAAGAAGAAACGGCGGAGGAUCAUGGGAAAUCUGUUUCCCAAGAAUAUCAGAAAAUGCUGAUGCGAGAUAUGGAAAAUCAACUGAUUCUCCAAGCGAUGGAUAACGCGAAUGAUUAUAUUGGCUAUGGGUCAACAAAGUACUACUACUACUAAUAGCCGUACUAAUGUUGUAUUAAUUUGUGUG